GGGCCGGUGCCAGCCCCUCGCAUCCUCCGCCCGCGGGCGGGGCUCGGCAGCGCCGGGGCGGGGCAGGGGCAGGGGCAGCUCCCGGUGAAGCACGGACGGAACGGAGCUCCCGGUGGAUCGCAGCGGAGGGAACGGAGCUCCCGGUGGAUCGCAGCGGAGGGAACGGAGCUCCCGGUGGAUCGCAGCGGAGGGAACGGGGCUCCCGGUGGAUCGCAGCGGAGGGAACGGAGCUCCCGGUGGAUCGCAGCGGAGGGAACGGAGCUCCCGGUGGAUCGCAGCGGAGGGAACGGAGCUCCCGGUGGAUCGCAGCGGAGGGAACGGAGCUCCCGGUGGAUCGCAGCGGAGGCUCCUCCGCAGAGCAGGGCGGGGGUUCUGCCGUGCGGGGUCACCGUGGAGCGGCGGCUCCAGCCCGGUCUGCGCGCCCCGGCGGGGCCGGGAGCUCUGGACCGUCCUCACCGGCAGCUCCGGGUCCUGGUGAGACCCGGGGGGAAGCACCGAGACACGUCCCCGUGCCAGGCCGCCCGGGGCCGGUCCUGCGCCGGAUGCUGCCAUGUACCCCAGGAUUAAAAGCCUCGUGCUUUACACCUUCUCAUUCACGCUGCUGGCCUGGGUGUUGUACAUGAAGAAGGAGGCGAAGUUGGCAGCAUCAUCAGCAGAGCAGAAAGCGGAUGUGGUGGAUCACAGACUGCAGCCCCCGGUCCUGGACAGCGCUGAGCACAGCAAGUGUUUACCCAACUUGACCUUUGCCAAUUCUUCCCUCGCCCUCCCGGAGCCUCACCGAGUCUUCCUAACCUACAAGCACUGCAGGAACUUCUCGGUCCUGCUGAGGCCUUCCAGGUGUAGCAAAGACAUGUUCCUCCUGCUGGCCAUCAAGUCUUCCCCCAUCAACGUGGACCGGCGCGUGGCCAUCAGGAACACGUGGGGCAAGGAGGUGUCCAUCGGGGGCAGGCCCGUCAGGCUGGUGUUCCUCCUGGGGCGCUCCGAGGCCAAAGUCCAGCUGCAGCCCCUGCACCAGCUGCUGGCCUACGAGAGCCAGGAGUUCGAUGACAUCCUGCAGUGGGAUUUUGUUGACGACUUCUUCAACCUGACCCUCAAGGAGCUGCAUUUCCUCCGCUGGUUCACGGAGGAGUGCCGGCACGCCAGGUUCGUGCUGAAGGGCGAUGAUGACGUGUUUGUCAACACCUACAACAUCGUUGAGUUCCUGCGGGAGCUGGACCCUGAGCAGGAUCUCUUUGUUGGGGACGUGAUCGCCAACGCCCGGCCCAUCAGGAACACCAAGGUCAAAUACUUCAUUCCAGAGCUCAUGUAUGGGGCCACCUUCUAUCCUCUCUAUGCAGGAGGAGGGGGAUAUGUGAUGUCCAGAGAGACAGUGUGUCGCCUCCAGAGCACCGCAGAGGACACGGAGCUCUUCCCCAUAGAUGAUGUGUUUGUGGGAAUGUGUCUGGCAAAGAUGGCAGUGACCCCAAAGAACCACGCUGGCUUUAAGACUUUUGGGAUCCAGAGACCUUUCAAUCCUUUUGAUCCGUGCUUGUACAAAGAGCUGAUGGUUGUGCACAGGCUGAACCCAACGGAGAUGUGGAUCAUGUGGACGCUGGUGAAGGAUGACAGCAUUAGGUGUGCAGUGUCAGUGACACACAGCUACAGCAGGGGCUGGAAAAGGAGCUCCUGAUGAGCCCAGGGGUUGUGGCUGGUGACAGGCUACUUAAACUAAAAAUCAGGUUGUGGUAGAAAUGUCCAUUACUAACUGCACUGGAGCUGUCGUGGUUUGGUUUGGUUUGCAGUGAGUCUUUUUCUGUCAGGGGUUACUUGAAGCAGUUGAAUUGUCACAGGGUGGUGUGGUCAGUGCCUUCCCAGCCAGACUGUGCCAGGGGACGUCACAAGUGCCACCUGCACUGGAGUCUGACUGCUGGCAAAAGUCACUCUCAUGUGGGACAGCCAGCAAUGACUAAGGAGUGACAGAGCAUUUGAAAUUUACUUGAAGGCAUGGAAGAAAGGCCAGGAUGUCCUGCAGGGUCUGCUGUCCCAGGACAGCCACCCCACAGCUCCUACCAGACAGCAGGAGACAGGGAGUGGAGUGGGGAAGGAAAAGCUUCAAAAAUACAUGGCCUUAACACAGCAGCGAUGAUGAUCUGGGGAACUGGGCUCUGCCUCCAGCCCUCUGGCUUUUGCAGAAACUCACAAAGGUUUACAUGCACUGGAAACUUUAGCACAAACACUUUCUGAUCUGGUUUGAGAGGAGCCACGUGUUUUGAAUAAUCGUGGAAGAGUGGCUGUAGCUUCCCAUGUUGUGUGGGAGGUGUUUGGUUCGUUUUAAUGUUGUGUAGAAAUAAAACACUUUUCAAAAGUAUUUACAUGGGAGUAUUCUUAGGUCUUCUGAAAGCUAAGAGCCCUAAAAGCCAGGGAAGGCUGAGAUCUGGUGCUGGGUAUUUGCAUUAAAGAGGAGAAUGUUAGUGGAAAUGAAAACUUGCUACUUCUUUUUCUGUGAGCUGUUCUCUGCCCUGCUCAGACAAGAUGCAUUGACACAAAAGUGAUAAAUCUGAAUGUACUGGAGUUGCUAAUUUGAGAAAAUAUCAAAUAUAGAAAUAAGUUUUGGUGGUUCUUUUGUGAAGCUUAUCAGUAUCUUGCUGCUAGAGCUGGAGCUGUGGAUGAGCAGGAAGCAGCCUGGAAGCCUUAGGGGAAAAAACAAGCAAAUGAGUAAAGAGGAAGUGUGUGAUUAGAGCAAGCAGAGCCCUUUGUGCUGUGCUGUUGCAAUUGCUGUCUGUAGUGCCAGCUGCCCAGCAUCCAUCCCCCACCAGAUGGGAGCUGAGCUUUCAGAAGUGCCCAGGAAGUGCUGACAGGAGGUUCUUCCUUGUCCUAUAGACAGGGACACCCUGAGAGCAGAGGUGUGGCAGCUCUCAGUGGGAUGGUGAGGGACUGCUGGUAGGAUGGGCUCCCUUGGCCCUCUGGAGCACCUGGGGUAGCUCUGGCUGAGCCCCAGGGCUGACCCAGGCUCUUGGGGCAAAGCUGCCACCUCACAGGAGCUGUUUCUGUGCCAGGUGUGAGCAGGGUUUGUCUCAAAGAAUCGGUGGCUGCCCAUCCUCAGGGUGGUCUUGUGCAAGUUGUUACUGUGUUUUCUGGCAGGGUUUCAUUAAGUGGAGCUGAGAAAGUGCCUGCGUGUAGUUUUAGGUGUGUAAACAAGGCCGAGUGCCAGCAGCAAACCCCAGGUUCUGGGCACUGCUGCUGGUCCUGGAGAGGAGACUGCACAGAGUGGGCACCGUGGUGCCCUGUGAGCUGCUGUGCCUGCACUUUUGUGAUCCACUCGAUGAUUCCCAGUGCAAACUCAGGAGCACAGAGCAUGAUGUCAUGUCCGUUGUGGGCUAACCCCCAGCUGGCAGCUCUCACUUCCUGACAAAGGUGAGGGACUCCUUUCUGCCCUGUUCUGGGGUGGUUGGUGCUCCUCACCCCACUUUGACUUGGCUGGGCUGACUGGCUGGUCCCAGUCACGUCGGGCUGGGUGUGUGGAGCAGCUCUGGGCCAGGAAGCGCAGUACGUGCAGUGAAACAAGAAGUGGGGUCACAGCAGGGCUGGGAGCAGGCCCUGAAAGGGGAAGAGGGACUUUCCUGGCUUUGCAGGCUCCUGGCAGUGCCAUGCAAACAUCUGAGUAGUUACUGUGGCAUCCUGAGAGGUACACAACUUGUUUGUGCACUCGGGCCAGGGGCUUGGCAGUUGUUCUUCAACUGCACGAGGUACCACAGCAGAGCACUUGUGGUUAGAGGUUGAUCUCAGGCUGCAUUUGGCUCCUGAGGGCUCAGCUGUGCCACCACCCAAGUAAUCCUCUCAUCACAGGGUAUUUUUUCCCUGAUGCUCCAGCCCAGAGCUGUGUUUGGCACAGCAAACACGGGCAGCUCCCUGCAAGCUGAAUUCCAGACUCUGCCAUCCUCCUUAGAUACAGCAGCACCCAGUGAGGAGCAAGGAAAGAUGGUUUGUUAAUUUUCUUUUUACUACUUAAUCUAUAAAUGAACAGUGCUGUGCACCUGAGGUUGCAUUUGUUCCAAAGGCAGCCAGAAUGAGACACCUCUGAUGCUGCAGGUAAGAAAAUUCCUGGGCAGGCACAACUCAAUUUAGUAACACCAACCCGGACACAGAUAUAUCAGAUGCUAAUCUGUGGUAAAACCUUUGAUUAAUGUGUGUUUUCUUACACAAACUGGCAGAUGGGGAUCCAGUCAACAGUGAUAAAGUUCAAGUGGAUGCUGUUCUACAAAGCAAAUUUCACGCCAGCUGUCAAGUUAGGAAAUGAGUAGUGAAAGACACCCGUGGUUUUGAAACCUGCAGUGAAACAUUAAGCUUGCAAAAGAAAUAAUUAUUUCCUGAAAUUUGCAUUGGGAAGCAUUCAAAUAUGUAAGACUCUUUUGCUCAGUGCUUUGUAGAACAGCACACAGCAGCUGCCAAAACAAUUUUGUUUAUAACUACAAUAUACUGAAAAUCAAACCUCCCCACUGCUUCCUGGGGAACCUCCCCCAGAGGUGAUUCUGGGUGAAAUAAGUUGCUGUGCUGAACAAAACUGCACCAAGAGCCCGGGUGACUCCAUGGGAAGUUCUCAGCUCCAGAGCAAAUAUUUCCCCUGACUGCAGCUCAGUGUAAUUUGGUGCAGCUGCCAACCCAGAGGUUAAAAACUUCUAAAUUCAAAUAGAAAGCAGGGCCUAAUCUCUUCACCAAAGGAACACACCCACAACGAGCUGCUUUUGCACAGUUUAAUAAAGGCAUCUCCUCACAGACAUCAUUUACCUCACAGGUUAAAAACAAGGGUUUUUAAAUACACUUCUCUGGCUGAUCCUACAAACACACCAGGGGAGCAGCAGCACCCUCCAAGCAGAGACACAAUUACCACCAGGCCAUCCCUGAUAACAGUCUUCACAUUUGCAUAGAUAAAACAUUUAAAUAAAUGAAUCCAAAAGUAUUAUAAACAAGGUAAGUAACAAACAAAACUGAGGCCUUCCAAAUACUUGAUUUGUAAAGCAAUCCU